ACUGUGCACAACGUUAGUGCUCAAACCCGGAAGACAAAACCGGAUACGUGUCAGGAAAAGGGAGCUUCAUCCUAAAUGAGAGACAGACACCUAGUAUAAGCAAACCGAGGAAGAUUUGUAUUACACCUUGUCGUGGGCUAUUAUUUUACGGAAAUACACCAUUAAAAGUGCCACACACAUCGGCGAUGUUAACUAAAUUUGAAACCAAGUCGGCCCGUGUUAAAGGCCUAAGUUUCCAUCCGAAGAGGCCAUGGGUUCUUUCCAGUCUCCACAACGGAGUCAUCCAACUGUGGGACUAUCGGAUGUGCACACUGAUCGACAAGUUUGACGAGCACGAUGGCCCUGUUCGAGGAAUUGACUUCCACAAACAGCAGCCCCUGUUUGUGUCCGGGGGAGAUGACUACAAAAUCAAGGUGUGGAACUAUAAGCUGAGACGCUGUCUCUUCACCCUCCUGGGACAUCUGGACUACAUCAGGACCACCUUUUUCCACCAUGAGUACCCCUGGAUUCUCAGCGCCUCCGAUGACCAGACCAUUCGGAUCUGGAACUGGCAGUCCAGGACCUGUGUCUGUGUGCUGACUGGCCAUAAUCACUAUGUGAUGUGCGCCCAGUUCCACCCAUCUGAGGACCUGGUGGUGUCGGCCAGCCUGGACCAAACCGUGCGAGUGUGGGAUAUCUCCGGUCUGAGGAAGAAGAACCUGUCUCCUGGCGCCGUGGAGACGGAGGUCCGCGGCCUAUCUGGUGUCGACUUGUUCGGGGCGUCAGAUGCCGUCGUCAAGCAUGUACUGGAGGGUCAUGACCGAGGGGUCAACUGGGCAGCCUUCCACCCCAGCAUGCCUCUUAUAGUCUCGGGGGCUGAUGACAGGCAGGUCAAGAUCUGGCGGAUGAAUGAGUCCAAGGCUUGGGAGCUGGAUACGUGCCGAGGUCACUACAACAACGUCUCCUGUGCGGUUUUCCAUCCACGCCAGGAGCUCAUCUUGUCCAACUCGGAGGACAAGAGCAUCCGUGUGUGGGACAUGUCAAAGAGGACAGGAGUGCAGACCUUCCGCCGGGACCACGAUCGCUUCUGGGUGCUGGGCGCUCACCCGAACCUCAACUUGUUUGCUGCUGGCCACGACAGCGGCAUGAUCGUGUUCAAGCUGGAGCGUGAGCGCCCAGCGUAUGCCGUCCACGGCAACAUGCUCUACUAUGUCAAGGAGCGUUUCCUGCGUCAGCUGGACUUCAACAGCAGCAAGGACAGCGCUGUCAUGCAGCUGCGCAGUGGUUCCAAGUUUCCAGUGUUCAGCAUGUCCUACAACCCAGCCGAGAAUGCUGUCCUGCUCUGCACUAGGGCGACCAACUUGGAGAACAGCACCUAUGAUUUGUACUCUAUUCCCAAAGAGAGCGACUCUCAGAACCCUGAUGCACCAGAAGGGAAGAGGUCCUCUGGCCUGACAGCCGUGUGGGUGGCAAGAAACAGAUUUGCCGUCUUGGACCGAAUGCACUCUCUGCUGAUCAAGAACCUGAAGAACGAGAUUGUGAAGAAAGUGCAGGUGCCGAGCUGCGAGGAGAUCUUCUACGCGGGAACCGGCUCGCUGCUGCUGCGCGACGCCGACGGCAUGACGCUGUUUGACGUGCAGCAAAAGCGCUCGCUGGCCACCGUGAAGAUUGCCAAAGUCAAGUACGUGGUGUGGAGCGCCGACACCAGCCAUGUGGCUCUGCUGGCCAAGCACGCCAUUAUGAUCUGUAACCGUAAGUUGGAGAGUCUGUGCAACAUUCACGAGAACAUUCGAGUGAAGAGCGGUGCCUGGGACGAGAGCGGCGUCUUCAUUUACACCACCUCCAACCACAUCAAAUACGCCCUCACUUCUGGCGAUCAUGGCAUCAUCAGGACCCUGGACUUGCCCAUCUAUGUGACCCGUGUACGAGGCAACAGUGUUUACUGCCUGGACAGGGAGUGCCGACCACGCGUCCUCACCAUUGACCCCACAGAGUACCGCUUCAAACUGGCCCUGGUCAACCGCAAGUAUGAUGAGGUGCUUCACAUGGUUCGCAACGCCAAGCUGGUUGGCCAGUCCAUUAUUGCCUACCUGCAGAAGAAGGGCUAUCCUGAGGUGGCUCUCCAUUUUGUCAAAGAUGAGAAGACUCGCUUCAGCCUGGCUUUGGAGUGCGGAAACAUUGAGGUGGCGCUGGAGGCUGCCAAGGCCCUGGAUGAGCGCAGCUGCUGGGAGAGUCUGGGCGAGGCUGCGCUGCUGCAAGGUCACCACCAGGUGGUGGAGAUGUGCUACCAGAGGACCAAGAACUUUGACAAGCUCACCUUCCUCUACCUAAUCACCGGCAAUCUGGCCAAGCUGCGCAAGAUGAUGAAGAUUGCUGAGAUCAGGAAGGACAUGAGCGGCCAAUACCAGGCAGCUCUCUACCUGGGAGAUGUCAGCGAGAGAGUCCGCAUCCUGAAGAACUGUGGCCAGAAGUCUCUGGCUUACCUCACUGCUGCCACCUACGGACUGGAUGAAGAAGCAGAGGCCCUCAAGGAGACGUUCGAUCCAGAGGAGGAGACUGUACCUGAGGUUGAUUCCAAUGCACAGCUGCUGCAGCCGCCCCCUCCCAUCAACCCCCUGGACACCAACUGGCCUCUACUGACCGUCUCAAAGGGCUUCUUUGAGGGGGCUAUCGCAGCCAAGGGGAAAGCAAGUCAGAUGGCUGCAGAUCUAGACAUGGAUGUCACCGGAGGCGAGGGCUGGGGAGAUGACGCUGAGCUUCAGCUGGAUGAAGAUGGUUUCAUGGAUGCCCAGGAUGGACUUGGAGAGGAAGGAGGAGCAAAAGAGGAGGGAGGCGGCUGGGAGGUGGAGGAGGACUUGGACCUUCCUCCAGAACUGGACCUGCCAGCUGGUGCAGGAGGAUCAUCAGAGGAUGGCUUCUUCAUCCCACCCACCAAGGGAAUGAGUCCCACCCAGAUGUGGUGCAACAACUCCCAGCUGCCAGUGGACCACGUGCUGGCUGGCUCCUUUGAGACCGCCAUGAGACUUCUCCACGACCAAAUUGGAGUGGUCAACUUUGGCCCCUAUAAGUCGCUCUUCAUGCAGACCAUGUCGAGGAGCCGUACCUGCUACCUGGCCCUGCCGUCUCUGCCCUGCCUGCGGGGCAAUCCUCAAAGGAACUGGAAGGACUGCGGGGCAAAGCAGGGGCUGCCUGCCGUGGGACUCCGCCUCUCAGACCUCAUCGCCCGUCUGCAGCAGUGCUACCAAAUGACCACCUCCGGACGCUUUGAGGAGGCUGUGGAGCGCUUCAGAGCCAUUCUGCUGUCUGUGCCUCUGCUUGUCGUCGACAAUAAGCAGGAGAUUGCUGAGGCUCAACAGUUGAUCACCAUUUGCAAGGAGUACAUUGUUGGUCUGACCAUGGAAACUGAGAGGAAGAAGCUGCCCAAAGACACACUCGAUGAGCAGAAGAGGCUUUGUGAGAUGGCUGCGUACUUCACUCACUGUAAUCUCCAGCCCGUCCACAUGGUGCUGGUGUUGCGCACAGCUCUGAACCUCUUCUUCAAACUGCGCAACUUCAAGACAGCCGCUGGCUUUGCGCGACGCCUGCUCGAGCUCGGACCCAAGCCCGAUGUUGCUUUGCAGACCCGAAAGAUUUUGGCAGCCUGCGAGAAGAACCUGACAGACGCCCACCAGUUGAACUACGACCCCCACAAUCCAUUUGACCUGUGUGCCGCCUCCUUUGUUCCCUUGUACCGUGGACGUCCCGUCGAAAAGUGCCCGCUCUCCGGAGCGUGCUACUGUCCCACAUAUAAAGGACAGGUCUGCAGGGUCACACAGGUGACGGAGAUCGGCAAGGACGUGAUUGGCCUGCGUGUGAGUCCGCUUCAGUUCCGUUGAAAAGUUGGGAAGAGGCAGAAACUAUUAAAUAUAUACGAAAGAAAAAUUACAACAGAUUUGAACACAGCAAUGCUAACCAUUUGUAAUGCUUUCAUUUGUGGUAAUUAUGCACCUUGCUUGUGCUUUUAUGCUUUGUCAUCAGUGUGGUGGCUUUAAUUAAGUCUUACUAUUGUUGACGUAUGUAAAAUCAAUAAAAGAGCACCACUAUGUAACAUGGGGAACAAAUAAAAUACAGACCACA